AUGAAAAGUGGGGUUGCAGCGAGUUGUCAGAACUAUUGGAGUCAGUUUAAAGAUCUUCAGGAACCAGAAGCCAUAAUUGUUGCUCCUACCAGAGAGCUGAUCAAUCAGAUUUACCUAGAUGCUUGGAAAUUUGCAUACGGAACUGUUGUUCGUCCAGUUGUAAUCUAUGGAGGAACACAAACGUCUAAUUCACUGCGCCAGAUAUUUCAAGGCUGCAACAUCCUUUGUGCGACACCUGGGAGGUUACUGGACGUUAUUAACAAGGAGAAGAUUGGGUUGAGCCAAGUGAAAUACCUUGUUCUGUAUGAAGCUGAUUGUAUGCUGGACAUGGGUUUUAUGGAAGAUGUAAGAAAAUUGUUGUCAAGUCAAGGAAUGCCAAAAAGAGAAGAAAGGCAAACUUUAAUGUUCAGUGCAACGUUCCCUACGCCCAUACAAAAUCUUGCUAGAGAGAUUUUGAAGCCAGAUUAUCUGUUCGUGGUUGUCGGACCAGUUGGUGGCACGUGCAGUGAUGUCGAACAGCAGAUAAAUGAAGUGGAAGAGUAUGGAAAGAGGGCUAAACUGCUGGAACUUUUACAACUCAUAGGCCAUGAGCGCACAAUAGUUUUUGUGAAAACCAAAAAGAUGGCGGAUUUAAUUGCAACAUUUCUUUGUCAAGAAAAAAUCCCCUGCACAAGCAUUCACGGGGACAGAGAGCAAAGAGAGCAGGAGAAAGCUCUGGGCGACUUCCGCUCUGGACAGUGUCCUGUGAUUGUUGCCACGUCUGUUGCUGCCAGAGGAUUAGAUAUCGAGAACGUCCUUCAUGUGAUAAAUUUUGACAUCCCUGGCGAUGUUGACGAAUAUGUUCACAGGAUCGGCCGAACCGGACGCUGCGGCAACACUGGAAAAGCCAUUUCUUUUUCUAAUAAGAUUGGUGAUGACGAGGAAAAAAUUGUCCAUGGACUAGUGAAAGUUUUAACCGAUGCUCACCAGGAGUUCGUGAUAGUACCUGCUUGGCUUGAAGAGAUGGCGUUCAGUGCCCAUGGCAUGCCAACCUUCAGUUCACAGCCAAGCAAAUUUGCUUCAGUGGAUAGCAGGAAGAGAGGUGACUUCCAGGAGGACAACGGUUACAGCAAUGCUGGCAUUUCACAACCUGCAGCUGCGGGCGGCAGCGGAGGAGGACGAAGAUUGGGGCUAGUCGGACGUGGUUAA